AUGUGUCACCCAACUUGCGACAGCCUUGAAUCCCCACGUCGCAUCUGGAUUGAGAUCGAUUCACAGAUCCUGAAUGCACUGUUCUGUGUGACUGGAUUUGGACUUGCCCCGUGGCGUAUGCGCGAUCUCUACCAAUGGUGUUGUUGGCGAUUAGGUCGGUCGGAAACGAGUCAACGAAAUGCUCUCGACCGAUUAGCUGAGAUACACCAAAACUGGUUUUUGAAAUCGCAGGCCUCGUCGUUGCUUCCUCGCAGUAGCAAGGAUUCUGAUCAAGCCUCACACUACCUUACACCUACCUCGUUGUGGAAAAUGGAUGUUGUGAUAUGCUUGGCUGUCUGCAUGUGGGGAUUCAAUCGGUUCAAUCGUCCGAGUUGGACAACUGGACUUUUUGUUGGUCUUGCAUGUGCUGUUGCUGGAUUCGCGGGUAUUUUGAUGUGGCUGGAAAAGAAACGAGUACAAAAGGCCAGUGAGCAUCCUGGCGCCCUUUUGUUGAUCCCGAGGGCUACAGAUCCCAGUAUUGUCCCUGGGGGAAGCGCAGUAUAUAGCCCAGUGGAACAGAAGUCGUGA